GGGCAUGUCAAAAUAUUGACAUAUUUAGUUGAAGCGAGUUACAAACACUGAAACUGAAUAAUACUUUUGCCUAACUUGAACUUAUCUCGAAAAUAAUCAUGUUGAUCAUAUCAUUAAUGUUUCUUGUCACGUUUUCUACUAUACACCAUUGCUCGGCCUUGUACGAAAAUAACGAGGACGUCAUAGACCUAACCGUCGACAACUUUCAAGAUCUUGUCAUCAAAAGUAAGGAAAUGUGGCUAGUAGAGUUCUACGCUCCUUGGUGCGGACAUUGCAAAAACCUAGUACCAGAAUACGUCAAAGCUGCAGAAGCUCUAAGGGGUAUUGCCAAAGUUGGCGCUAUGCAUUUGGACCUAGACGUGCAAGUGUACAGAGACUUUGGUAAGAAAUACCAAAUCCAAGGCUUCCCAACAAUCAAGAUCUUCGGAGCUGACAAGAACGAACCAGAACCUUUCGAAGCAGAAAAAACAGCUAAAGGCCUAGCUGGGGCAGUCUUGAAAGCUGCUAGGAACAAGAUCAAAGCGUUCCUUGAAGGUGGCUCCACGAAACCCAGCGAUGUCAUUACACUCACAGACGAAAACUUUGAUGAACUUGUUCUGACUACCGAUGAUACUUGGAUGGUUGAAUUCUACGCCCCGUGGUGCGGUCACUGCAAAAACUUAGCUCCCGAAUGGACCAAAGCAGCUACUGAACUAAAGGGCAAAGUCAAAUUGGGUGCUAUAGAUGCAACAGCAAACCCAGAAAAAUCAGAGAAGUAUGGAGUACAAGGUUAUCCCACGAUCAAGUACUUUGCUGCUGGUUCCAAAAAGUCACCGCUUGACUACGACGGCGGCCGUUCUAGCAUCGAUAUUGUAAACUGGGCAGUAGAAAAACUAGCUGAGACUACCCCAGCUCCGAAUGUAUCUCAAAUAGUUGACGAAAAAUCCCUGAGGGCAGCUUGCGAAGAUACCCAUCUCUGUGUCUUGACCAUUUUGCCACAGAUAUUGGACUGCCAGUCCAAAUGCAGAAACGACUAUAUCAAGCUAUUGAACGCCAUGGGGGAGAAGUUCAAGAAGAAGAAAUGGGGCUGGGUGUGGUCUGAAGCUGGGGCUCAGCCUGAGUUAGAGAAGGCUCUGGAUAUCGGGGGUUACGGGUAUCCAGCGAUGGUUGUAAUUAACUACAAGAAGCUGAAGUCAACCGUUUUCAAGGGUUCAUUUUCAAAGGAGGGACUACAGGAGUUCUUUAGGGAUUUAUCUUAUGGUAAGAGCCCCACGGUUGCUGUGGAGACACAGGAAUUGCCUCGAAUCAAUGUCAUAGAGCCCUGGGACGGUGAAGAUAAGAAGGUUAAUUCAGAAGAAACUGAUGAAGGUGAUUCAGGAUGGAAGGAAGAACUGUAAUUGUUACAAUUUUCUUAAGUUUUCGACAUGAUAUAAUAAAUUGUUCCACUAGAUUUUGUAAUAUCUUCAUUGAAUAUGAAUAUUAGUAUUAUUUCAAUAAGUAUUUGUA